AUGGCAACUCGGCACACCUUCACGGACACGGACACUUCCGAUGAAGCAGUGAGGGCGACAUGUGACGAUGCCACGUCGUGCAAAAGGUUUGCCAUCAGUAAAAACUACUGGCGAGACCCUUACAUCCAGUAUUUCGUGAGAUCAGUUGGAGAGCGAAAGGCACCUGAAAUCAAUAGAGGUUAUUAUGGUCGUGUUAAAGGUGUCAACCAUCUCAUUGAUGCAUUCAUAAGGAAAACUGAGCGUGCAUGUCAAGUGAUCAACUUAGGUGCCGGGCUAGAUACCGCCUUCUGGAGACUCAGGGAUGAAGCUCUCUUGCCUAAGAAGUAUUUUGAAGUCGACUUUCCGACUGUUGUGGCCAGGAAAAUACAUUAUAUAAAGACUAAACCGCACUUAUCCAAGCCGAUCAUCGAAACCCAUUCAACAGAUUCCUUGCUACUAGACGCCCACAGCCUAGACUCCGAUCGAUAUUGCAUCAUAGGCGUGGACCUCCGGGACAUUUCUACUUUGGAUGAAAAGCUGAAGAAGUUCCAUCUUAAUCCAGAGUUGCCUACAUUGCUGCUUUCAGAGUGUGUGCUGGUCUACAUGACACCUUCUCAGUCCUCCAAUUUAGUUCGCUGGGCUGCAGACACCUUUCACACCGCCAUGUUCAUCAAUUACGAACAGGUAAACAUGAGCGACCGUUUUGGCCAGGUGAUGAUUGAGAACCUGCAGCGGCGUCAGUGCACGCUAGCAGGUGUUGAGGUGUGCCGGUCUCUGGACUCCCAGAAGGAACGAUUUCUCAGAUCUGGCUGGGAGCAUGCCAAUGCUCUGGACAUGGUGACGGUCUACAGUAUGCUUCCAAAGGAUGAUGUGGCAAGAAUUGAGCGGCUGGAGUUCCUUGAUGAGAAGGAGCUGUUGCAGCAACUCCUUCAGCACUACAGCAUUUGCUGGGCCAUCAAGGACAAACUCAGUCUGGGCCUGUCCCAGUUGACGUUUUGA